CGACGUGUAUCGCAAUUUUGCCACGAGUCCAGCAUGGCCGACUACGAUUACGACGAUGAGGAAGGCGUGGACGUCUUCUACAUGAUCCUGGGCUUUGUGACCGUUGGCGUCUGGCUUGUUAUUCACCGCUACCGGUCUAUCCUCAACCGAGCAGUACCGUUCCACCAACCUGCACCGCCUGAGAUAGGGCCUCGCUUCGAGGCACACAGGAUACCAAACCCUAGUCUCGAAUCGCAUUUGGUUCACGAAGACCUGCGGCCUGCUUUCACGCUCCCUGGACGGAAGUACAUCACGAGCUACGACCCGGCUACCUCGUACCAUCUAGCCACAAUACUUGCGGAUAGCCAUGAGGAGAUAUCGCAGAAAAUUGGCCGCGCCGUGGAAGCUCAAAGGGUUUGGAAGAGGACCGACUUUCGAGACCGUAGACGUGUCAUGAAGAGCCUGAAGAAAUGGCUCGUGGACAACCAGGAAGUCUGUGCAAAAGUCGCGUGUAGGGAUACUGGGAAGACAAUGCUUGACGCUGCUCUCGGAGAGGUGCUCACGACAUGCUCCAAGCUGGACUGGCUGAUCAACCAUGGUGAACGGUACUUGCGUCCGGAUUCAAGGCACAACAACUUCCUCAUGUUUUACAAGAGUUCAUACGUCUUCUAUGAGCCGCUCGGCGUAGUGGCCGCCAUCGUGUCCUGGAACUAUCCGCUGCACAAUGCUUGGUCACCCAUCAUUGCUGCAUUGUUUGCCGGAAAUGCUGUUGUACUGAAGUGCUCCGAACAGGUAAUUUGGUCAUCCCGGUGGUUCGUUGGUACCAUUCAGGAGUGCCUGCGUGCGUGCGGACACGAUCCAGGGCUUGUCCAACUCGUAUGCUGCUAUCCUGAAGAAGCAGAAGCGCUGAUCAAAUCCGAGCUCAUCAAGCACAUCACCUUUAUCGGCUCAGAGACUGUUGGACGCAAGGUCGCUAUGGCCGCUACGGUGCAUCUUACGCCGGUCACAUUGGAGCUCGGAGGAAAAGAUCCAGCAGUCAUUCUACCCCAUACCAACCUUGAGCAAUACAUCAGUCUCUGGAUGCGCGGAGUAUACCAGAACGCCGGUCAGAACUGCAUUGGCAUCGAGCGGCUGAUCGUGCAUAGCUCGCAGCACGACCGGCUGCAUGAAAUGAUGUGGGAGCGUGUGGAUAAACUCCGGCUGGGCACCGCACUGGCAAAUCCGAACGAUGGAUUCUCGCCGGAGGUGGACAUGGGCGCGAUGAUUUCUGGGCAGCGCGCAGAGGACACGGCGGGCGUAGUGCAGCUUGCAUUUGAUGCAGGAUUAGACGUGAAGGGCGGGGAACAGCACUUGCAUCCGCUUUGGGAGAAUGGGUCCUACUUCUUGCCUACUGUGAUUGCGAACGCGGAUCCGGAGUCUGAGCUUGCACAACGGGAGCUAUUCGCACCGGUGGCGCUCCUGAUAAAGUACGAGACAAUCGAGGAAGCAAUCGCUAUCGCGAACGGCACGCGGUACGGCCUCGGAGCAAGUGUAUUCGGACCUGACCAAGAGAAAUGCCUUAAGGUCGCGAAAGAACUCGAGUGCGGCAUGGUUGCUAUCAAUGACUUCGGAGUGUUCUAUCUAAAUCAAGACCUGCCGUUCGGCGGAUUCAAAGCGAGCGGUUACGGGAGGUUUGGUGGACCGGAGGGGCUGCGGGCGCUCACAAACCCGAAGGCGAUAGUGGUGGAUCGGUUUGCAUGGCUCGUGCAGACGAGUAUACCCAGGGUAGUGGACUAUCCGAUACCAAGCGUCAGGGCGAGCUGGGAUUUCAUCAGCGGAUUGGUUGGCUUUGUAUACGGCGAUGGGUGGAGGUUGCGGAUAGAUUCCUUGAAAAGGCUCAUACAGGCAGUGCGCAGGUAG